GAUCUUCGAGCAAUUAUGCAUAGCGCAUAUGCAGCAUGCAUAUGCACAGCUUGCUCCAGAGAAACAGUAUCGAUCAGCUCGGAAAGUGCGGUGUGUUUCUCUCACGGUCGUCGAAAGAGUUGAAAACAUCUUUACAAUAGCUCAGAACAAGACUGAAAACGGUCCGUCGUCAUCGUCGAUACAUACUGCAGGUUGGAGAUUUACAAUUCAAGAUUGAUUGAUUGAUUGAUUGAAGUCCAUCAUGCCAAGUGAAGACGUUCCAAUGAGGGUCGUCGUUGGGAGGAGAAAGAACCAGAAUGGUUCUCAGGGGUCAAGGUCGCCUACAGGGUCACCGUCGGGGUCACCUACCCACAGUGCACCUCACAUCCAGAGGAUGGCGAGCACCAUCUCUAACAAAUCAAUCAAAGCAAUGGAUGUCUGCAUCUUCCAGAAAGACGGCUCUGCUCAUGAAAUCUUUAUCGAGAAUGUUCUAACGGCGACGGCAGGAACUCUGUUCUCCCAUAUGAUGGGUUGUCUGAGUUUACCAAAUGAAGCAUCGGAAAUCUUCUCACUAUGGCUUAUUUCUCCUCUCCUUGAAUUACAGCUUAAGCCUCACCAUAUACCCUUCAGAUUAUGUAGACAGUGGCCUGAUCUUCUUGAUAAAUACACAACACACAGUGAGGAGGUGAAAGCAAAUGAUGAACCAGUCAUAUCUUUCCAAAGAAAUGCAUUCUAUCCAAAGGAUACAGAGAAAAAAGUCAUGAAUGCAAAGAUAAAGAGUUUGUUAUUUGUGGAAGCGAAAGGGAACAUUCUGAAUGGCAUGUAUCCGUGUGAGGCGGAGGACUAUGAGUACCUGGCUGGUGUGUUAGCUUCCCUGGAGUUUGGUACCUACGAUGAAGACCAGCAUCAAAUGGGUUUCUUCAAGGAUAAUGAUCUCAAAAAGAUCUUGCCGACAUGUAUGUUCAAAGGAGGUAGCCGCUGGUCGAUUGUGAAGGGUCGUACGGGAGCAAUGAUGUCGGUAGAAGCGAGUAUAUUGAGACAUUGGAAACAUUUCUCAGAACUCACCGACUCAAGAAAGGAAUACCAUCAUCUAUUCCUUGAAUUCUGCUGGAAGUUACCAUUCUAUGGGUCUGUGUUUUUCAGAGGACAGAUUGAAAGGACGGGACGGUUGUCUGUCAAAGUUCGGGACUCCUCGGACCGGAAGGUGUACGUCGGAAUCAACAGAGACGGAGUGUAUGUCAUUGACGAACAGAAACAGGAGCUUCUUCUUGGACUGAAGUACGAUGAAUUAUCCUGGGAGUUUACAGAGCCUGCAAGGAAGGAGAUAGACUGUCUCCCAUGCCUCUGGUUAGAGUUCGACAACAGGGAGAAUGGAAAAUGGCAGAGCAAAGUCUUACAGAUCUUCUCCAGACAGGCUGUUAUGAUGAAUGCGUUCAUCGAGGCAUGCGUUGAUGAGCUGAAUAAACGAGAUAUGGAGAACGUCAUCCAGAGAAAUGAGCACACCGUCGUCGGGGGCCUCCUCAGCUCCACAUUUCCAAGGUGUAAAGCUCAUAACAAUGAGAAUAACAGUAGCACCGUAUCACAGGACCAACCCGACGGGCCCAUGACGUCACACAGAGCUGCUCUCGAUGCCACUGCACCUAUCUUCGGUACGUUACCUACCAGAGAUCCCAAGACAGGAUUGUGUAGUAAAAUGGAUCGAUUGUGUCUCUCGACAUUCUCAAAUACAGGUGAACUGAUAAGCAAGAAGCCAAAGGUCAAGAGGUCAUUCACAUUCCAUAGCCUGUUCGGUAGGUGAGUGGAACUUCCUCUUGGUCAGAAGAACCUUUUGAUAUCAGAGCUUUUGAACAUAAACUAAACAUGGACUGGCAGUCUGUGCUUAUGACAUUGACUCAAUAGUCAUAUCAGACAAUGCAGCUGGUGUCGAUAUGGCGCUCGAAAACAGUGUGUACGUUGUCGGGUUUUUACAGACGUGUAUCGACCGGAUAUGAUUACUUAUAUCUGGGGCCGACUUUUAAUGUCAGCAGCCGAAAGAUGUGGCCGGGCCCAAACUGCAUCAGUUCCCUGCAUCAGUUCACGACUGCCCCAUGUUGCUUGGAUUACAGGCUCACGCUCCAACGCCCAGUUGAACGCGGUGAACGACGACACAUGUAUUUAGAUGUGUGGAGAGAAGUCCCGAUGGAUCACUGGAAUGCCAUCCUCAACGUUCAAUUCAUCAGAGGAAUAUGUGAUCCAUAUCAAACAUGAAAAUCCAACACUUUUGCAUUGUUUACGGGGACCGUUUCAUGAAAGUUGUCAGCACUGACAAGAUGUCUUUCUCCGACAGUUACCAUAGCAACAGUCAGAGGCCAGUGCUUCUCAGCCAAUCAAAAGCAAGGAUUUCACUGAAAUAGUCAGCACUGACAAUUUAGUCGGUGCUGACAACUUUCAUGAAACACCCCCAGGAGUGUGUUUGUGUGUAUGUGUAUCAUCAUGUAUUGGUAUACGACUGUAUGCUUCUUAUCUUUGAAAAACUAGCCAACUGCACACUACACCACCAUUUUUUUUAUUCAAUUUUUAUUUUUUGUAAAUGUUAUAGUAUACAAAUAAUACACAUCAGCAAGGGCAUUAGUAAGAACUAUACACGCAAUAUCAAAUAUGAUAUUCAGUCACAUUGUUGACAAAGCAAUAUCUCAGUUGGCUAUGACUUGAAACUGAGUUAUCCCGACCCUGGGCUACAGAUUUGCAUUUGAAGUUUCAUUGUAGCAUUCCUUUGUGAGAUUCAAAUGAGAAAUUACUCGUCAAAACUGGUAUUUGAGGCAAAAAAAGUUGUUUGUUAAAAUGUUAAAAAUCUGGUCUCAGGUGGGACAUGUCGUGUGCAGUAGGCUUUAGGCCAAUCUGUUUCAACUCAUAAAGCUUAAAAACUGUUGCCCUGUUUUUUUUUGCAUUUGAAUCAUAUUCUUAAAUAGCACUUAAGAAAUACACAAGCCACAUUAAUAACAAACAAAAUUUGUCUUUAUUUGCAUACAAGUGUGCAUGCUUUCCUGUUUUGAUGACAUACCCUGAUGAGUUUUACACUCAAUUUUUGGCUUUAUGAUUUGAAAUUUUAAAGCUGAUUUUUAUUUUGUACAAAUUCAUGAUUUAUGUUGGGUUUCCAAAUGCAAUAUUUUACUUUUAACACUGCCGUUUUAAUGUACCUUGUAUUUUGUUUUUAUAGACUAGCAUAGAUAUUUUUAACUGUCCAUGUAUUUGAUAAGGAUUGAUAUGUUUAAACUGAAAUCCUUUUCUAUGUACAGUUCAUCAUUUUCUUUGAUGUAUUAAUCAUGUGAUAAUAAGACUUUUGACCAGUUCAGUGUGUUUCUAUAUUGAUACACGUGGUAUUAACAAAAUGAUUACUUCAUAAAUUGAUCAAUUAAUUUCAUCAAGGUGAUACCAAAUUAACCAUUUUUUUUUCCUGCUUGCUGAAAUUGCUGGUAUGAAUUUGCAUAGACUACAAGAUUGCGUGCAUUCUAGUUUGGGUGAAUGGCUUUAUCCUAAUUAACUAAACAAAUCAUCAAAUGUUGUGUAUGUGUUGAAUAAAUAGAAAUAAUGAAUUUUAAUGUAAAUUUUAUGAAUGCCUAUAUUGUUUGUGAAUAUAAACCAAAGUGUAUGAUAUUUGUGAUUGUGUGUAUAUAAUCAAAGCAACUCUUUCAUGUAAUUAUCAGCAAAGUCUUGUAAAUAAGAUUUUUAAUUUCUUUGUUGUCUAUUUGCCAGUGUGGUACUUAAACAUAUACAAGAACAGUACUCCUUGAUUUUAUGAUUGAACAUAAUGAAUAUUUUAAAAUAAUUUUAUUUAUGGAAUGGAUUUUAUGCAUAUUUGUUGUAACUGAAUCAAUUUUAGGACAGUUUUAAGGGUCAAUUGAAAAUUUUAUGAAGUUUUAAAUUUUCAACGGAUGUAAAUAUCAUAUUUGCAAGGAGAUUACUGCUAUAUACAGCAACAACACAGGAUAACUAUGUCACCAUCAUUUCAUAGUUUGGAAAACCUUUUUUUUUUUUCAAUAUAUUUCUAAUAGGGGCUCUUUGAAUUCACAUUAGUUUAAAGAAAUGGUAAGUUUUGAAGAAGAUCUUUUUUUUUCUUUAUUUUGUGCAAGACCAAAGUUGUGAUUAAAUUUGAUGUAAGAGUUCAUGAGAGAGAAGUCUGGCCACUUAAUCAGUGUUCUGAAGGAAGACAUAGGCCUUUAUAGCAUUUGUGAACUGAGGACAGCCAUGUUGGAUAGAGAAGACUGAAAGCGCUUUUACAUGUAUGUUCAUGGAACUCGACAUGACAUAGGCUGUUUAAAGUCAAUCUAUGCCCUCGAUUUUAGAAGUAGUAUGAAUUUAAAUGUCAAAUAUUGAUAGAAAGAUUUGGUGUAUUUUGCAACGUUAUCUCGGCAGGUUGCAGAACAUUGAAUAACCUAAUUCUACUAUUUGCACAUCAUUGAAUAAUUUGAUUUUAUGAUUUGAUGAAAUACAUUUUAUGCAAUAUAAGAAUUUCAGAUUAUUGAUUUUUUUUUAAAGUUUUUCCUGAAUGUGCAUCAUUUCCAGAACAAAGUGUUGUUUUGCCUUUAUCUUGUUCAUGCUUCCAGUGUCCUUUUAAGAACUUCAAAGAUUCAAACAAUCUUGCAUUUGAUAUUAGUCAUAAGUCCAUGGAAAACUAUGGAUUGAGAUGCAUUCUCAAUUUUUAGAAUGAUUGACCGUUUUGUUUUUUACAUUACCGGGCACAUUGUUGUUUUUCAAAAUCUUAUUUCGAUAUUACUUUUUAUCUAUGUAAUUGAAUGUGAAUCUAUUAUUUUUUAAUGGAUGUACAUUUCAAAAUAAAUAUAUUUGACCAAGGUUAGACACCCUGAUGAUUUACCUAAUUUGAAAUAGUGAGAAUAUUAUGCCGUUAUUGCUGUGCUGCAUAGUGAUUUCCUAAAUAAACUCCUCGAACUCGUCUAUGAAGAAACCUAUUUAACUGAAUAUAUCAUUGCUCAUGUGCAGUCACUUUUCAGAUGGAGCGUUUAUUGUGAAUGUCAGAAUUCAAUUCUAUAUCUUAAAAACUUUGCAAACUCAUCUAUUAAAACAGAAAACAAUGA